GGAGCAGCAUCUGUUACAGAGUUUUACGCCAAAAACUCUCGCUGGACAGAAGGACUCAUCUCGGCCUCCAAAGCUGUGGGCUGGGGCGCCACGCAGCUGCUGGACUCAGCUGACCGCGUCGUGGGUGAACAGGGAACGUACGAGGAGCUCAUCGCCUGUUCGCAUGAGAUCGCCGGGAGCACGGCUCAGCUGGUCGCUGCCUCGAAGGUGAAGGCCGACCGCAACAACAAGAAGCUGCACACGCUGAAACAGGCCUCGCGGCACGUGAACGACAUGGCAGCUGUGGUCGUCACCUCCACCAAACACGGACAGCAGCAGAUCUCCGACCAAAGUGUGAUGGACUUCUCCGGCAUGUCUCUGAUCAAACUGAAGACGGAGGAGAUGGAAGCUCAGGUGAGUCCAAACCUUUAUCCUACAGAGUAACUUUCAUCCCGGACUCUAUUUUCUCAUGUUUCUGUGCUUUAGUGGCUGAUAUGAGCAACGUUUUUUGAAACUGGUCCAGUAAAGA